CUGGAGAAAGAUAAAGUUGCCUGCAGCUGGAGUUGGAGUCUAUCUGAACAACUGCUGCUUUUCUUCUGCUCAAAGGCCAUUUGCAGGAUACACCGGGACCGGCUGGGAAAAAGAGGAUUUAAUCAGCCAAAGAGUGUGCUGAAGAAGGAAACAAGAGGAGAAGAAGAAUAGCUGCUGAGAACAUGAGAGUGGAUGCAGUCUUUCUUGGGGUCAGAUUUUACAAAAUGAGAAACCGCUGCACUAUUGCAGAGAGCAAACAACAGAGCAAGGAUGCCGUCUGCUAGCACCAUGACUGGCGGGAGAGCACUGCUGCUCUGUAGAAACACGGAGGACUGCAUCUACCAAUCAGCAAACGGGCUCCACUGCUGCGGAUUAAAGCUUGACCAGGCCCAAUCUGUGAUGCUUCAGAGGCCAGACCUGUGUGGGGUCAGGGACAGUCUCUCGUCUCUGAGCAACCUCAAACCAAGCCCAGGAGACACCAUCAUGCUCGCCCACAAGAGUCCCUCCAAUCCUCGGCCUGUUGAAAAUGGUCUGGGCGGUUGCAGCAAGUCACUCAAGUCUCCCUUAGCCCUUAAGAGCACUGCCAGCAUUCGGGACAAGAUAUCCCAAUGGGAAGGUAAAACGGAGACCACCUUGUCAAACACCCAAACAGUGGGACUGAAGGAGACUGAAAGUGGAAAGAAGAAGGUACAGCCGGAAGUGCAAUGUAAAGACAGCAAGCGACUUUCCAAUUUGGAGAGACAGAACUGUGGCGAAGAGAACGGGAGUACAUUUGGAGAACCUUUGAACAUUUCUGAGAGACCUGUGAAGGAAAAGGAAUUGAUUUUGGACAAAACCCCAUUGGGGAGAACAAUAGAAACUGGUCAGGACAAAAAGUUGGUGUUGACGCAUAUUAAGAAACUUGAGCAAGCGAUGAAGGAGGCUCCUUCCAAAUCAUCCUUGUCUAUGCCAGGCAAUUACUUCUGCCCAGCUUCCAAAGAGGAGCAGGAAGAAGCAGAGAAGAGGGCCACAGAGCCAAUCUUUGGGACUGUGGAUGCUGUAAGAUUUCGGAUGAGUCGGGAUUCUGAGAACGUCUACAGUGAACCUGGAGCUCCUUCCAUUAACCCUUUGCCAAAACCCCAAAGAACCUUUCAACACCACACACAGACAAACAACCUUGUGGCCAACCGAGGUUUCCUCAAGGGUAAUCGAAAUCUUCCCCCUUUACCUUCCUUACCUCCCCCACCCCUUCCAUCUUGUCCUCCACCACAAGGGGUGUUUAGAAGACCUUCUGGACGAGCUCGAAACACUAAUAACAGGAAGUCCUACGAGUUUGAAGAUCUUCUACAGUCUUCGGCAGAAGGUUGUCAAACAGAUCUCGAUGAGUUAUCAAAGAUAGGCCUCACUCGCACUUUAUCGGAGGAGAAUGUCUACGAGGAUAUCCUAGACCCUCCGUCUAAGGAGAACCCAUAUGAAGACAUAGAGUUGGAAAGUCGCUGUGUUGGGAGCAAGUAUCCCAUUCCUGACACGCCAUCCAAGCUCUCCUCCAAGCCUGGUUUAUUCAGGCAGAAUUCAGAGCGAGGUAGUUUCAAGCUAUUGGAAUUGCGGAAGACCGGCAGAGAUGGAGGCAUUGUGUCCCCAUCGCAGGUCAGCCCUCCAUCGACACCCAGCAGCCCGGAUGACACCCCGUGUCUGUCGGGGGACCCUUACAACCGACGGCGGAGGAAAAUCCCAAAGAUGGUGCAGAAAAUCAACGGCAUCUUUGAGGCCCGAAGGGGAAAGAAGAGGAUGAAAAGGGUCUCGCAGUCAACCGAGUCCAGUUCAGGAAGAGUGACGGAAGAAAACAGCGAGUCUGAAAGUGACACAGAGGAGAAACUAAAGGCUCACAGCCAGAGAUUAGUGUCGGUGCAGUCUAUGUUGAGGCAAACCGGUCGAUAUCGCACUCUGGAGCGAGACUUGAUGGAACUUCAGGAGAGGAAGUUGUUUGAGUACUUCCUGGUUGUGGCUCUUCAUAAGACCAAAGUCGGCGUCCCGUAUUUACCAGAAGUCACCCAGCAGUUCCCUCUCAAGUUGGAACGAAGCUUCAAGUUCAUGCGAGAAGCUGAAGACCAGCUGAAAGUCAUUCCACAGUUCUGUUUCCCUGAUGCUAAAGACUGGGCACCUGUGGACAACUUCCCCAGUGAAACAUUCUCGUUUGUCUUAACCGGAGAAGACGGGAGCCGAAGAUUUGGCUACUGUCGACGUUUACUGCCCAGCGGUAAAGGAAGACGUCUACCUGAAGUCUACUGUAUUGUGAGCAGACUGGGCUGUUUUGAUCUGUUCUCAAAGAUCCUGGAUGAGGUAGAGAAGCGACGAGCCAUUUCUCCAGCACUGGUCCAGCCUUUAAUGAGAGGAAUAAUGGAGGCAGCGUUCCCAGCUCCGGGAAGAACCAUCAGCAUUAAGAACUUUCUCCCAGGUUCAGGAACAGAGGUGAUCGAAUUAUGUCGUCCUGCAGAUUCCCGUCUGGAGCAUGUGGAUUUCGAGUGUCUGUUUUCCUCUCUGAGCUUGCGUCUGCUUCUGCGGGUGUUUGCUUCUCUUCUGCUGGAGCGAAGGGUCAUCUUCACCGCAGAUAAACUGGGCACCCUCUCUAAAUGUUGUCAUGCCAUGGUGGCUCUGCUGUACCCCUUCACCUGGCAGCACACGUACAUCCCGGUUCUUCCUCCGUCCAUGAUGGACAUCGUCUGUACUCCAACCCCCUUCAUAGUGGGUCUGCUGUCCAGCUCUCUGACCCGACUCAAAGAGCUGCCGCUAGAGGAGGUCCUGGUGGUGGAUCUGGACAGCAGUCGUUUCCUGCGACAGAUGGACGAUGAGGAUUCGAUUCUGCCUCAUAAGCUCCAGGCGGCUCUCGAACACGUUCUGGAACGGAGGAAGGAUCUGGCGUGUGACGUGGCAGAUCAUCCGAACGAGCCCAGUUCUCUGAGCGGUGUGGUGUCAGAGGCGUUUGUGCGGUUCUUCGUGGAGAUCGUGGGUCAUUACUCGCUCUUCAUGGGCAGCAGUGACCGUGAUGAAGAGUCCUCGGCCUCGUCUUCCUCCUCUCCGACUCCUUCGUCCUUCCAGCGCGAGGCGUUUCGGAAAGCCGUGUCCUCCAAGAGCCUGCGGAGAUUCCUGGAGGUCUUCAUGGAGACGCAGAUGUUUGCAGGGUUUGUGCAGGAAAGAGAGUUUCGGAGGCAGGGCCUGAAAGGUUUGUUCGAGGUGAGGGCUCAGGAUUACCUGGAUUCUCUGCCGGGGAGUGAGAACAGAGGCGUCAACAAGUUCCUCAAGGGUUUAGGACACAAGAUGAAGUUCCUGUCCAAAAAGUGAACACUAGUCGUGGAGUGUGUGUAUGUUAGACUCCCGACUGGACCUGAGGACCAAAGACACAGAAACACUAGUUCCCCAAACCACACGGACCUUACAGAACAGAAGCCACUUGUUUUCUACAUUUUAGAGACUUUCAAGAGACAGAGUACAACUUCUUCUGAAACAGAAGGCUAUAAAUUAAUUUAUAUUCUUUCUAGAAAUAAGAAGAGCUUUAUGACUUCCUCUGUAAAACUUUAUGUGUUUCCCAUUAAAGCGAAAUGAUGUUGUUAGUCUGUCACCGUCUGUUUAUCGGACUCGAGAUGAGAAACGACGAGAUUUAGUUCUUCGGAUGGAAACC